CACGAACGAGCAGAGAGAGAGCCCCGCCCGGCCGCGCGCGCGCGCACUCUCGCCGUCUUAAAACAGCACGAGCGCUGUCUGGCUCUCUCUACCUCGCGCAUAUUAAUAUAAAUCAAUUGAAACACGAUAGUAAAGGGUUAGGCCUUAACAGAGAGAUAAAUGCUAUCUUUCAAAGAGUUUACUUAUCAAAUUGAAGGCUACUAGAAGAACAGAUGGUAAAAUCAGCCACAUUAAUACCAGCUUCACCAAACUACAGUAUAUGAUUUGCAAUUGUACUCUAGAGUUUGUCAUUCCCGAUCCCCUGUAAUCAUAACUAAAAACUAAAAUGCUUUUUUUUAUUUUCUAUUUUUUUUAUAGAAAUAAUGGAGUGUUCAGAAAGAACUAAAAGGAGAAAAAUAUCAGCGAAAGUGGAGGAACAUUUGCGUCUCCUUGAAAAGGAGUCUAUGAUUGAUGAUUUGUUGGCACAUGAUUCUGAAAAGGAAUACCCACUGGAUGAUUUGUUAGAGCAUACUGAAAGCGAAGAUUCCACAGACACUUUCUACGAUGCUUGUGAUCAGAACUGUUUUGAGAAUUCGUCAAAUGAUUUAGAAGAUGAAAAUUCCUCAGAUUCUUUUUAUGAUUUUAACAUUUCCUCAUUUGAUGAUUUGGAUUCUGAAAACCAGGUGCCUGGUUGUGAUAGUGACUGUGAUUUGCAUGGAGAUGUAUGUUCUGACUUGGAAGAUGAUAAUGAUGAUGAUUCGCAUGGGCUUGCAGAGUGGGCUGCAGAAUUCAACAUACCACAAACAGCGCUGUCUGCACUUCUUAAAAUCCUAAGGAGAAAGGGUCUUGAUAUCCCAAUGGAUGGCAGAACUCUUAUGUCAACUGACAGAUCUUGCAAUGUGGCGAAUAUGGCUGGGGGGUCCUACUACCACUUUGGAAUCGAAAAUGCUCUCAUAGCUGAACUAACAUCUUUAGGACAUUUAGCAAAUGUGACUGAUACUCUCACACUUCGAAUUAACAUCGAUGGAUUGCCCUUAUUCCGUAGCUCCAGUAUGAGUCUGUGGCCUAUUCUGGGUAUGAUUAAGGAAAUUCCAGAGUGUAGUGUCUUUGUAAUUGGAGUGUACUCUGGUGCGUCCAAACCCGCAAAUGUGCAAGAGUAUUUACAAGAAUUCAUUGUAGAUAUGAAAGCCGUUUCUCACAGUGGUAUUGUGUACAAUGGUGUACAUUUCAGGGUACCAUUACCCGAUGCUUUUAUUUGUGAUGCACCUGCUCGUGCCUUUCUUAAAUGCUCCAAAGGCCAUACGGGCUAUUAUGGGUGUGAGAGGUGCACUCAAAAAGGCCAGUACAUUAAUGGGAAGGUGGCUUAUCCUGAAAUAUCAGCAGAGCUCAGGACAGAUGAGCAAUUUGGUAGGCAAGGCUAUCAACAGCACCAACUGUCAGCCUCCCCCCUAAAUGAUCUGGGUAUAGGUUUAGUUACCAGUUUUGUGUUAGAUUAUAUGCACCUUGUCUGCUUGGGGGCAAUGCGUAAGUUAAUAUUUCUUUGGUUGAAGGGGCCGCUGAAAUGCAGGCAAUCUAUGAAGUUUUUUGUUGUAAUGUCAGCAUAUAUGGUUUCUAUCAGGCAAUAUUUACCUAGCAAUUUUGCAAGGAAACCACGAUCCUUGUUUGAAUUCAGCACAUGGAAAGCUACAGAGCUUCGGCAAUUUUUACUUUACACUGGGCCUGUUGUUCUCCUAAAUAAUAUACCCAGUAUAAUGUACAGAAACUUUUUACUUCUAUCGGUAUCUAUGAGAAUUCUUCUGAGUCCUGCCUUAUGUUCUCCUGACAAUUGUGACUAUGCUGAGGAGAUUUUGAAACUCUUUGUAACAGAUUUUGCUGCAAUUUAUGGCGCUGAAUUUGUCAGCUAUAACAUGCAUUCAUUGAUCCACCUAGCUCAAGAUGCACGAAAAUUCGGCCCGUUAGAUAGUGUUUCAGCUUUUCCCUUUGAGACAUUUUUAGGUAAACUGAAAAAACUUGUCCGUCGGCCUCAAAACCCUGUCCAACAACUCGUCAGGCGAAUCCAUGAGAAGCCGAAAGUGGCAAGCCAAAAGACCACAUCAGUUUUCAGCCCACUUAAACAGCUCCACUUUUCUGGACCAUUGAUUAAUUCAAUUGCAACAUGGGAACAAUACAGGCAUUACAAUGAUGGACAGACACUGAUCUCCUCCUCUCGUGGCGAUAACUGUUUUUCUGUAGGGGGAAGGAUUCUUAUUGUGCGGAACAUUUUGUCACAUUCUGGAACUGUUAAAGUCCUGUGUAAUUUCUUUGAAACUGCCAAAUCCUUUUUCACCUAUCCAAUGGACUCAUCAUGUCUUGGAAUUCUUUUUGUUUUUAAUUUAUCUGAAGACUUGCAGCUGUUACCUGUGGAGGAGUUAAAAACAAAAAUGGUGUUAUUGUCAUUCAAGACUGGAUACGUGGCAUUGCCACUCCUGCACUAGUGUGCUAUUUAUUAUUAUUAUUUUUUAUUGUUUGUUUUAAUUUUUUUUUGUAUGUAUUUGUUUUUCUUUAAGCAUGUUACCUUUCGCGAUAGUUGAAUUUAUAAAUAGUGGAGGAUUGGCAGUUAUACUGACCAAGUGGUUUAUCGGGCCUGAGGAGGAUGAAUGCUACUGGCCACCAGCAAGGAUGAACAUGGCAAAGGCGGUCAUAGAGCAACAGGACCCUCACACUGACUGGGCGACAUACAAGUUGACUGUCAAGAGAAAAGUCGCAACGUAUGAAAUUGCCCGCACAAAAUUAGUCGAGUAUGAACAGAACACAGAUGUACCAACCGAAUCUGAUUCUACAGAGAAUAUGGGAAGGGGGAAGCGCAAAAAGAGACGAGUGAUUUUGUCCAGUGAGGAUGAGGAUGAUGACAAUUGGUCCGGCAGCCAAAUCAGGCCUACACCUCCAUCCACCCUCAGGUCUGUGCUGACACCGCCACUGCCUCCAUCCACCCUCAGUUCUUCACCAUCAUCUGCUAGGCCGACAUUUCCACCACCUCUGGGUAACCUUAGAUGGCCUGAUGUUUCAACCCAUCACCACGUCACCAUGUCACCAGAAACCUCUCAAAGACAAAUCAGGGGCAACAUGUUUGUUCGCAUUUUAACACUGAUUGAGGAGAUGAAAGAGACACAAAAAAUCCAGGGGAGGAUGUUACAAACGCUUCUACAACAGCGUGGCAACAUCGGCACCACCUUCUCUUCUACCCCCGAGGGUUUCCCCCUAAAGACAGUUAGGGAUGUGGAAAUCAUGGAAGAAAAACUGGCAAACCCAAACUUCAUGUCCGAGUUGGUUGCAGCUGUGACUGACAUAGGUGGGGGGACUGUUGACGAGGCCACAAAAAGGAUGAUGACUUUUCUCCUAGACCAUGGCCUAUCCAGGCAGUAUAACUUUGUGGGCCGAAAUGGGAAGAGAGAGUUCAAGGCCUUAAAACUGUAUGAAGUAAUAUAUGGAGGCUUAAAGAAAAACGCCAUGACCAGCCAAAUCACCCGUAAAGAUGCCGAGAAGGCGGUCUCCAAGUGGCUCAUUGGUGCUAGGGACCGGGGGGGGGUAAUAGACAGGCCCGACAGACAACCCCUCUACAAGGACUUCAGGCUUCAGGCUCGUUUGAGGUGGAAAGAAACUAAUUCUGUUUGUGACAGUGAGGGAACACUGUGCAAAAGCAUGUUGUCAUAAAUUUAAAAUAAAUAAAAUGUAAUUAAUUGUAUUACUGGUAUCCUUGUUAUUUUAGCUUGUUUAACCCAAGGUGUUCGGGUCUGUGAGACCCAGUUUCAAUGUUUGCUAAAAGAAAAAGUUACGCUAUUUAUUAACUGUGUCCUCCUCCUAACUGGGCCUGCUGUGUCUUGUCUGUGUGCGAAUGUUUUUUUUUUCUGCACCUGCUAUUCACACACAAAGUUACAAAAUUGUUACAUUUCAAGCACUUUCACCUAUUCUUAAUAAAGUUCUAAGAAAUGAGCACCAAUAAUGAUAAAAAAUCUUGUUUCUAUUUUUUUAUUUUUUACAUUUUUUAUAAUUGAAUUUCCAUGUUUUCUCACAAAAAAAACUAUCAUAUGAUCAUAAUUGUUAUCUCACAGGGGUAAAUGGCAAAUAAGAACCAUAAAUUAUGUAUAUACCAUUGGUAAUAUUGAGCUAAAGUAAACAUCUGUUAAGUAUUUUUACAUAAAUUGUUAUGGCUGUAUUGAUUUAAAAGCCUAAUAAUGUGGUGGGUCCACCAGACUCGGGGAUAUUGGCUGUGUAACAAAAAUAUUAACAUCUUACAAUUGUUAAAGAACUGUAUGGGCUGACUGUAAAAUAAGAAUGAAAAUUUGAAUUUGUUCAAAUUCCCCAAAAAUGAAUUUGUUAGCCCAUAAUAAUAAUGGUUAUUACCCAUAUGGGUAUAAUAGCAGGGACCCAUAAUCAGCCCACAUGGGGCCCAGCUAGUCUGGGCCCCAGAUGGGAGAA